CACGAAGACUACGACGUGCUCAGGGGCGUCUUCCCCUUUGGGGCCAAAGACGAACGUCGGUGGCUGAGGCCCCCAGGGACAGGGGCUUUGCCACUUCCUACGAAGCGACGGCGGGGUGGGCAUCAACAUCUGGCCGCUGCCCGGGUGACACAAUACGUAGUCGUUGCCAGCCGCUCAGUCCUUGCUACGGCGCCUCUUUUAUUUUUUGCAUCUUCUUUCUCGCUUGCACUCGGGGCGCUCCGCAGCAUCAUUUACCGACCCAGCUUGACCCGCCAGGUCGAGGUUGCCCUCAGUCGGCAUCCUGCUGUACCCGCCUCUACCAGCACUAUGGCGCUGGAUCUGGUCCCGAAAAGUCACGGCUGCGGGUACCGAAUCUGGUCACGAUGGUCUACCGAGCGAUCAGAGCGGUCAAUAAAUAACCCCUCGGUCCCAGCGUUGAACGUUGCCAGCACCAAACACCAGCAUUGCACUGGUACAUCUGUACGCCCCGGCUGACGGUGAGACAUCGGGCACCACUUAUAAGCGGGCUCACCGGCGGCGAGAUUCUGCCCGCUGCAACAAAAUGCGUUUCCUUCAACUGCAGGCUUGGACGGCCGUAUUCGCCUGGACAGCGACCGCUGCGUCCAAGAGUCUUCUCGACGCCCGCGGUGUUGAAGAGGUCAAGGAGCUUGGCAAGCAGCUCUCGGCCAACGCCAAGAUCUACUGGCCCGGCUCCCCUGAGUUUGAAAAGGCGACCGUUCGCUGGUCCGCGCUGCAGGCACCCACGGUCAACGUCGUUGUCGUUCCGGCGACCGAGCAGGACGUCUCUGUGACGGUGGGAAUCGACAGCCAUCUGCAACACUUUGCCAGCUAAUGGUCGCCCCAGGUCAAAUUCGCCAACAAUAUUAGCGUUCCUUUUCUCGCCUUCAACGGCGCCCAUGGUUCCAUCACCACACUCGGCAAGAUGCAGGGUGGCAUCGAGAUUUGGAUGAACCAGCUCAGCAGCGUCAAGAUUUCCAAAGACGGCAAGACGGCCACCAUCGGCGGUGGUACCAUGUCCAAGAAGGUGACGGAUGAUCUUUGGGCUUCCGGCAAGCAAACGGUCACUGGCACUUGCGAGUGCGUUAGUCUCUUGGGCCCCGCCUUGGGUGGCGGCCAUGGAUGGCUCCAGGGCCAUCACGGCCUGGUCGCCGACCAGUUCCAGUCCAUGAACGUCGUGCUCGCCGAUGGCACUCUGAAAACCAUCGACUCCAAGUCGGAUCUCUGGUGGGCUAUGAAAGGUGCCGGCCAUAACUUUGGCAUCGUCACCUCAGUCACGACUAAGCUCUACGAUAUUCAACACCGCGACUGGGCCAUUGAGACGCUCAUCUUCACAGGCGACAAAGUUGAGGCGGUGUACAAAGCUGCCAAUGAGCACCUGCUCAAAAACGGCACCCAGCCCGUUGAUGUCGUCAACUGGUCUUACUGGCUCAAUAACCCGGACGUAGACAAGGAUAAGCCCGUCAUCAUCUUUUACAUCAUCCAGGAAGGCGUCAAGGAGGUUGACCCAGCUUACACGAAGCCCUUCCACGAUAUCGGUCCUGCUGUCAAAGACCCUGCUUCCGGCACGUACACAGACCUGGCGGCCUGGACAGGCAUUGCCCUCGACUCGCCCCCUUGCCAGAACGCAGGCCUCGCCAACCCACGCUUCCCCAUCUACCUCGAGACGUACAACGUGGCCGCUCAGAAGAAAGUCUACGACAUCUUCGCCUCGGCAACUCAGCAGAACCCCGAAUUCGCCCAUUCGCUCUUCAUGUUUGAGGGCUAUGCGGAGCAGGGCGUUCGCGCCAUUCCCGAUGAGUCUUCGGCCUUUGCGUUCCGCGGUGAUAACCUGCUCGCGGCGCCGCUCAUUACGUAUAAGCCCGCAGGCGCGGAUCUAGACCAAAAGGCCAAGGCGCUAGGCGAGCAGCUGCGAUCAAUUCUACAGCAAGCCAGCGGGCGCAAGGAGCUGCACACCUACGUCAACUAUGCGUAUGGUAGCGAGACAAAGCAGCAGUGGUACGGUGGCGACAAGUGGCGCCAGGACAAGCUGAGCGCACUCAAGAAAAAGUACGACCCAAACGGUCGGUUCAACUUUUAUGCCCCGGUGGCCUAGGCGCUGGGUUCCGACACAUACAUGCAUAUGGCCCGCAUCAAUACAUUUUUUUAGCAUUGAAUUUAUCAACGUUGCUGUCUUUGCCCCCUGAGAGGGAGGUGUUAUACACAG